UGGCGCGGGCUGAUGCUCGACUCGGCGCGGCACUACCUGCCGGUCGAGGCCAUCACGGCGAUGCUCGACGCGAUGUCGUUCAACAAGCUCAACGUCCUCCACUGGCACAUCUCCGACUCGCAGUCCUUCCCGCUGCUCACCAAGGCCCGAGGAGUUAGUUGCUAG